AUGAAAGAGUUUGGACUAUUUCCAAUCAUAAAGUUGUUCAUCAGAGUUGGUUAUGGAGAGACUCAUUACCAAAAAGCGGAACUUCACCCAGAAUUGCUUGUACAGCUUAAAGAGGCUAUGGAUACUUUAGUUAUCUGUGAACUUGAUGUUGGUCUAUGUCAGAGUGUUCGUGCUAGUUCUCUCGUAUUCCAGAUUCAGUGGACAAUAUCAGAAUUGAGAGAACGUUUUUACAAUGAAAAUAAUAUUUCUAGAGAGUCUAAACUUUUGGAACAAUCAUCAAUAAGACGUGAAAUACGAGGUGCAUUGUCUGAUUUGUUUCAUUUUCUACGGUUUCCUCUUAUUCCACAACGCUUUCGCCAAUCUAUAAUUAAUUGGAUAACACAAUUGGCUGCCAUUUUACUUGACGUUCCUAAAAGUGAAGAUCAAUUCUUUUUAUUGGCUCAUAUUUUAAGAACUCCAUCUCCUUUGGAAAACUGGGCUGCUCCUUUGGUUCAAACUUUUUUGACAACACCAACUCUUGAAUUAAAGAAACCAAUUGACAACUUUGUUGUUAUGCUUAACAUGUUAAUGCAACCAAUUAAGCAACUUCGUAUAAUAUGUUAUUAUUACAGAUAUCGUGAUCAAUUUUUAAUGCCAAUCACUCGAUUUUAUGAAGGAGAAAAUAGUUGGAAUAUGGUCUCUGAAAGUGGAGAAGUGGACGAUGGAAAAUUGACUGAUAUAAGCGAAGCAAAUUUAAUUGAAGUGCUUGCUCAAUUUACUGUGAGACCAUUACUUGGCAUUGCUUUUCGAUAUUUUACUUUAAUACAUAAAGGUAUUCGACUCCAAAUUCUUUGUUCAUUGGUUUCUUUUGUUGGCACUCUUAUUAAAAUUCUUGAUGAUGGUCUUAACACUUAUUGUGCAAUGUCUGGAUUUUCUAAAAGAAUUGCUGAUAUUAUUAGCGCAGCUAUUCGUCAAUUCCUUGUUAAUCUUCCAUAUGACACUAUAACUGAAAAUUGUCGUCUUCGUUGUCAAUUAUUACUUCGUGAAUUGCCAAAUAAAAAUUCUACAACAGUUUCUUCUCUUUAUUUAAUUCCUGAUUGUCAAUUACUUAAUACAUUAAAAUCUUGUUCCCCAUUAGUUGAUCAAUUAGGUAGUGGCACAAAUUUGCGAGAAAGCGAUGAUAUUACUUAUACUGUACAAGCUUUAGCGUCAAUUGUUUCUCAUUCUGAACAAGAUGUUUUGCAUUUUGUUACUGAAUUAAUUGAUAUUUGUUUUCUUAAUGAAAAUACACGACAAAGUUUAUAUAAGGUUGGUUCUGAAGCAAUGGCCAUUUUGCUUGAAAGAAAUCCAAAUUUGCUCAGUCCUAUAUUGAGAUAUAUUGAUCGUUAUGUGGACCAUCUAGAUGAUUAUACCGUUAAUAUUCUCAAAAAUGUUCCUUUAAAUAAAUGUGUCCUUUCCUGUGAAGAUGUUACUGACCGGCUUGGUAAAUGGCUUAUUCAAAGACCAGUUUAUCAUCCGGCAUCCGCUAUUGCGAGGUUAGUUUUCUCUUCAAUGAAUUGGUCAUCAACAUCUGCUGAUGUUUUGAUCCCUAUAGAAGUCCAUAAUAUCUGUGCUGAAACUUUAGUUAAAGCACAUUUUGUUCAUUGUAAGCAACGAAAUAGUCUUAUUUCUAAACCUCUCAACAAAAUUUCUCGUUUGGCAACCAAAUGUCCAGAUCUUGAACAAAUGUUUGAUAGAUUCUGUUGGGAUAUUUUAAUUAAACUUAAAAUAUCAGAAAAUUUGAAUGCGCCUUCUCCUCCAAACGAUCUCACGGCAUUUUUUGUUUAUUGCAUACAAAAAUGUCUUUCUUGCCCAAAUGAAUUUGUGUUGACUGGGAUUAGUUACUUUUUGGAAUUAGUUAAUUCUUCAUGUCAUUAUGCGGCUUUGGUUAUUUUAGUACGUGCAGUAGCUACAUUUUCGUCACGUAUUCAUUUACUUACGGGAAAUUUGAUAUUUUGUGAAUGUUUUGAACGCCUUUUGCAUGCCGACGACACAUCGUAUGCUUAUAAUGCUUUACAGAUCUUUACUGGUGGUGAUAAAUUUCCUGGUCCUGUAAUAACUUUUCUCUCUUCGGCAAUCAUUUAUCAAAUAUAUACUUCUAACAUUCAAAUUGAGCAAAGGAGGGAAUUAACACUAACUUGGCUUCAAUUGUUAACAUGUCAAAAACCAAACUAUAAAUGGAAUGAUGAUAAAAAUAUUCUUUUCUUAAUUGGAUGUUUAACAGAAUGUGCAUUUUUCUUUGACCAUAAUGAACUUUUUGGAACAAUUGAGCUGGUGCAAAAAUUAUAUAAAAUACAAAAUCAGCAAUGGAAGAAGUCUUCUUCUGGUCCUUUCUCUUGGUUUUCAUCAAAUAUUCGCCCUCAACUUAUUAGCUCAAAUCUUUUUUCUGUCUCAAAAUGGGCAACUUAUUUAUUACUUUGUGCUGAGCAACAAGAAUUUUCUGAAUUUUUUGCUCAGUUCUACGAAUCAUUUCCAAAAUAUUCUAAUCGUUCUCUCGAAGAUGUUGUGAAGAAAGCUUCUUCAAAAUCUGGAAUUAAUUUUACUGUAGAUAAUUUACCUUAUUUUCGUUGGCUUCAGUUGUGUAUCGAAUCCAGUGAUUCCACAAAAGACUUCAAACAUCCUGUCUUUACUUUAGCACUUCAACAAUUGGCUAUUAAUUUAUUCCAACGAAGGAAAUCUGGAAUGACCAUUUUCUGUCCGGGUUUGCAAUUUUACAAAUGCAAGCAAAGUGAAAAAUUAUUUGAUGAAUUUCGUAAAAAUGUUUUGCAAAAUUCUUCUAAUGGACAUAAAAAUAGCAAUUCAAGUAGUAAUGUCAGUGAUGAUAGAAUUAAUCCUUCAACUGCUCCAAUUCAAACAAAUGCUUUAUUAAGAGCUUUUGAUUUGUGGAUAAGUUCUGAGCGUUGUUUUGAGGCUUCACUACCAAUUAGUAGUUAUUGUGAUUUGCCUAUGGAUUAUUUACUUCAAUUAAUUAUUUCUGGCAAUAUGCAAAUUUGGGAAGAGUUUAUUGAUCAAACACAACAUGGAAAGUCUCUUCAGCAACGAGCAAACCUUUUUGUCAAAUUAUGUCAUUUAUCAAAUGGUUCUAACGCUUCUUUUAAACAAUUCAAUAAAGAAUAUAAAAAUUUGACUGAAUUCUUCGCUUCAUUUGAAUUAAACGUCGAAAAUAUAGAUAAUGUAAAGCCAAAACCUGUAUUGAUUAUUGAUACAAAAUUGCCAAUUCCUGACAAAAUUUUUGAUUUUAUUCAAAACAAAUCAACUUUCGGAUUUAAAUCUUUUAAUCCUUUUACAAGCUUUUCCGAUCCUUCAUCUGAUACAGUUCAGCGUUUUAUUUCACGCAUGGAAGAAUUAAAUAUUGCUGCCAAAUCAUUUUUGGAUAUAAAAGAUUUUGUUGAUAAAUCAAAUUUAACUUAUAUUGAACUUUUUAAACAAUUAUAUAAGCAAUUUGAAAGGAAAUUACAAAUUACUCUUCGAUGUGGAAAUAUAUUACAAGUAACUAAUUGCCCAAGACCUGGAAUACAUGAACAAUUGGUAAAACCUUUUGAAUAUCAACAAGAAAUUGCUGACAAAAUGAAUGAUAAUAGACAAAAACGAGAAUUUGAGACAGCAAAAAUACUUUCUAGAGCAAAUCAUUUGGCAUUAAUAUCUGCUCGUCUUGAAUAUCUUUGCACAGAUCUACGAAAGUAUUUUUAUUCGUGUUCUACCUUGCCCAACUCAUCUUCCAACCUUUCGGAUAAUGAUAGGCAGAACUUCUUGCAAAUGGGCCUACGUCUAUUCUAUGGGAUUUGCUCAAAUGUUCAAGGGGAUCAACUUUUAUUUCCAACGGGAAUGGAUGUUUUGUCUGCUUGUCUGAAAAACCUUGGAUCUACUUUUAUUGCAAAUAGGCCUGAAGAGCAAAUGAAUUUAAUGGCUGUUGUUCUUGCAGGAAAUCCUCUUAAUCAUUUAUUGGUUGAACAUUUUACUCCACAUUGUGUCCAGCCUCCAGAUUUACUUGCCAAACUUUAUUCUAAUUUGUCUUUGGCUGUUCGACAACCUAACACUUCAAAAGCUGCACUUUCUUUGCUCCGUCGUUUAGACAUUGAACAUGCUGGAAGACAGCUGCCAAGCAAUCAAUUUCAGUCAUUAAUUCCUGUUAUGUUCGAAAAUUUGGUUGCAUCAACAAUUAGUCGAAGCUCAAAUGAUGAAUCUCUACAAGAGCAUUGUUUAUCACAUUAUUUACAUACGUUAGCUUUGGAAUGUAUUAAUGUAAUUGAAGGUCAAUUAAUUUCUUCAAGGAGAGAAUUAACCACAAGUCUUUUUACUGUAUGGUCGCCUUAUCUAGAACAUAUUUGUAAAUUAUCUGAGUUUUUCCUUCGUUCUUAUGUUCGAUUUUCUUUUCGUGCUGAUGCUCCUGCUGGAAUUAUGGAGAAAGAAUUGGAUAAAGUUUUUCAUAUUUCUCUAAAAUGUUGGUCAUCAUUACUUGAACCUAUUCCAAUUUCAAACUUACCACCUUGGAAUAACAGUGACACUUUAAUUGCUUCAAAAAUAAUUGAACAAUUUAUUCAUUUUCUUCUUUGGCUUCCUCAUUCUCUUUAUAUUCCACCAGAUCGUGAAUGUCCAGAAUCUCUUUUUUGGAAUUACUUUACUUCUAAACUUGUCAAUGAACAAUUUAGAAAUGUAAGAAGUAGUGGAGCUCAAAAUUCAAAUUUGCUCUAUAUUUAUUCUGUUUAUGAAAGUAAAUUAAUAGCAUUAAAUUGGAGUCGAUUUUGGCCAACCUUGCUUGAUUUUGGUACUUUUGAUCAAUUAUUGGAUUAUUCUGAUAAAUUAACUGAAUCUUCUUCUUGUAAUAAUUAUAUUACAUCUUUAAUUGUUGAAAUAUUUGUUCGGUUACCUUGGCCUGGUCUUGUAGAACAAUAUUUGUGUGGAUAUCAUCCAUUGGAUGCAACUCGAACAUUUCAUUCUUUAUUGCUUUCAAUAAUUGUUAAAUGUAUUGUAAAAAGGACAAAUUAUAAACGCUCUCGUGCCACAAUGUGCAACAAAAUAAAAUUUCUUAGUGAUAAUUGUCAAUGGGUUUAUGUUAAAUCAGAAGCAAUUGAAAAGGUCGGAACGUUUCUAUCUACUGCUUUUCCAAAUUCAGAAGACUGGUUUACUGGAAAUAAUUCUUUAGACGAGGCACAACAAUAUUUUUUAGAAAUUUGGCGGCAAGUUUGUCAUGUUUCUACGAUUCCGGCAAUUUACAUUCGAACUCAAUUGAGUCUUCUUCUUCGAUUUUCUUCAAAUACAAUUGAAUCAGAACAAAAAUUAAAAUAUUAUUCUGAACUUUUGGACAAAGCUAAUUUUCUUGUUGUUUCUGCAGAUAACAAAUUAGAAUAUCAGGAUUUUGUUUGUGAAUUUAUUAAAAUUUGGGCUGAAUAUUUUAAUCAACAUCGAGGUAAUACAGCAGAGAAAAAGUGCCUUGCAUUUAUUGAACAUUUAUAUUCUAAACUUACUGAAUGGCUGGAAGCUCAUCCUGACUCUCCUCUUAUACUUCUUUUUGCUAAUAUUUCAAAAAUUUUUGAGAAAAUUCCUAAUGAUUUGGACGAUCAAUUUAGUCUCGGAAUUGCUGAAAGUUGUAUAAAUGCUUAUUUUAAAAGUAAAAUUAAAUUAAUUAUUUUUUUUAAUCUUCAUUUUUUUAAAGAAAAUAAUAGUAUCAUUUCUCAUAAUUGGAGUGAAAUUUCUAAAUGGGUUCAAUUGUCUAAACAUCAAGCUGAUUUUCUAUUUGUUGUUCCAAAGUUAUUUGUAACCAAAUCCGAACCUUCAUUUAUUCUUUGUGUCCGAGAAUGGCAAAGAAUUUGUAUUAGUCUAUUUACACUUCCAAAUCCGUCUCUAGUGUUAUUCUACAAUUAUUUUGAUGAAUAUAUUAGCUGGCUUCAUCGUGUUUAUACAGAGGAAAGUGUUAGUGGGGGAAUUCUUUCUCUUGUUACAAAUAGAUUAGCCCGUCGACAAUUAUUUUCUACAAGACUGAAAUUGAUUACAAAUAUUAUUCAUUUGUUCAUUUCUCAAAACUUAACAUCUUCCAAGCAAUUACCGAGAAUUCAACGUGGCCAGCAUGUUUUCAACAAUAAAUUAAUUUCUUUCCGAGAAUUACAAAACAACAAAUCUUAUUCAGAAUUUAAUUUUGUUUUUGGGGAAGCUGAACAAUAUUUUAUUAAUUCUUCUAAUUUUUGCCUUACCGAUGCAGAUUCGUUGUAUCAACUACUUAUUGAAAAGCUUUAUCCGGAAGAGAAUUGCCUUAAAAAAUAAAUUUUUACGAAAACUUUUUUUAAUCUUCAAUCUUUGUAUAUACUUUUCUUUUAAAAAAUUCCUUCCUUUUUUAAAAAAACGAAGUAUUUAU